CGCGUCGCUAGUAGGGGUAGAUGGGUGUAGUGGGUGUGUUCAUUCCCUGCAUUCAGUGCGACAUUUCUCGCUAACAGUUUAAGAUGGCGACCGUGCAUCUAAGGAUCGGGGAUCUGGUUUGGGGUAAACUUGGACGCUAUCCACCUUGGCCAGGAAAGAUCGUCAGUCCUCCGAAGGAUCUGAAAAAGCCAAGAGGCAAAAAAUGUUUCUUUGUCAAGUUUUUUGGAACUGAAGAUCACGCCUGGAUAAAGGUGGAGCAGCUGAAGCCUUACCACCCCCACAAAGAGGAGAUGAUCAAGAUCAACAAAGGCAAGCGCUUCCAGCAGGCUGUUGAUGCAGUUGAGGAGUACCUAAAGAAGGCCAAGGGGAAAGAUCAGACGCACUCUGAUGACAAAAGCAAGUCAGAUAAAGGGCGUAAAGCAGCUAAACCAAUGAAGAUCAUUGAAGAAGAUGAUGAAGAUGCCUUCAAGGGUGGCUCAUCAGACAAGGAACAGACUGAUUCUGACCCAGAGCCAUCUUCUGUACGACGGCUGGUCGCUGGAACAGUGUCAGGAUUCAAAUGGGAGAGCAGUCCAGUAAAGGAUGACCCACAUUUUCAUCACUUUCUGCUCAGCCAGUCUGAGAAGCCAGCUUCAUCAAUGGAGCCCAUCACCAAACGCUUAAAGAUAGUCGAGGAGGACACAGGAUCAACGUCUAUUCAAGCAGCAGACAGCACAGCUAUCAACGGCAGCAUCACACCUACAGACAAAAGGAUAGGGUUCCUUGGACUAGGACUGAUGGGAAGUGGUGUGGUUUCUAAUUUGUUGAAGAUGGGGCAUGUUGUGACUGUUUGGAAUCGCACAGAAGAAAAGUGUGAUUUGUUCAUCCAAGAAGGUGCCAGAUUGGGACGAACACCUGCAGAAGUUGUGUCCCUGUGUGAUAUCACAUUUUCCUGUGUAUCAGACCCUAAAGCUGCCAGAGAUCUUGUGUUAGGUCCUAGCGGAGUCCUACAGGGAAUCAGACCAGGCAAAUGUUACGUGGAGAUGUCAACUGUUGACCCAGAAACCACCAUAGAGCUCGCACAGGUCAUCACAUCCAGAGGUGGCAGAUUCCUAGAAGCUCCGGUUUCGGGCAGCCAGCAGCUUUCCAAUGACGGUAUGCUGGUCAUUGUUGCUGCAGGAGACCGCAGUGUUUAUGAAGACUGUAGCAGCUGCUUCCAGGCAAUGGGGAAGACGUCUUUCUUCAUAGCAGGGGAAGCAGGAAAUGCUGCACGAAUGAUGCUGAUUCUUAACAUGGUUCAAGGCAGUUUCAUGGCAACCAUUGCAGAGGGAUUGACCUUGGCGCAGGCCACGGGACAGUCGCAACAAACAUUCUUGGAUAUUCUUUGCCAAGGACAAAUGGCAAGCACGUUUGUGGACCAGAAAUGCCAAAAUAUCUUGCAGGGCAACUUCAAACCUGAUUACUACCUGAAGCAUAUUCAGAAAGAUCUGAGAUUAGCCAUUUCUAUGGGAGAUUCGGUUAAUCAUCCAACACCAAUGGCAGCUGCUGCAAAUGAGGUGUACAAGAGAGCUAAAGCAUUGGACCAGUCGGACAAUGACAUGUCAGCAGUCUACAGAGCUUAUAUUCACUAAUCCUGUAGAUGUGCUUCACGUCCUGGACCACAAACCUCACCUUCUUUGUUCCUCUCCCUCUGUCUUUCUCUCCUCUGCUGAUGAAUUUUGUUGGGCACCUGUGAUAUGUUUUCCCAUGUGUAAUGGGAUCUAUUUAGCGGCCUAAUCUAAGCAUUGCACUCACUGUAAUAUUGCUGCACCUAUGCUCAUUGGGAGGUUAUUAAACUCCCUGCAAAUGAUUAUUUUAUUAUUGAAGGUGCAGUGUAUUAUAUCUGCAUUUCGUUAAGGCUACUGUUGUUUAAAGAUCCUAGGGUUUUUAUUCAUUAUUCAUAUCUUUACAAAUGAAUUUCCACAUUUUAAUUUCCAAUGUCCAGAAAUCUGUAAAGUAUGAACUUUUGAUCACAAACAGGCUUGAGGAGCACGACGAAGAAAAAAGCCACUGCAUUGCCUUAAUACCCAAAUAUGUAGAUGUAUUUAUUUAUUUUGUCUCUAAAGAUUACCAUCAUGUCAGGUGCAAUCUGGCCGUACAUUUUAUUUCUUUUUUUUCCCCCCACUCAGCUUUGGAGGUCACCUGUUCACUAGUAAAUGAUUUAGUUUUUAUUGCCUUAUAAGAAAUUCAGUAUUUUUUAUUAUUUGAAAUUGGCUGUAAUAAUCACACAGAAGAUCCUGAAAUUAUUCAUAAUUUCCAAGUAACCUAAUGCUGAAAAGCAUCCAGUAGUUUUCCCAGUAUUGAGUCUUUACUAUCACUUUUGCAAUGGAACUUCCUGUUUUCCAGCUUGACUACUUUAGGGUCACAUCAUAUAAGUCUUUUCAUUUUAAGUUGUUUUAUUGGUUUUGCUUUAUUUGGAAACUUUUUAAUUGGACUUAUAUUUUGUCCAAGUCAGUUGACUGGCAGAGUAAUCUGUUGCUUUAUUAUUAUUAUUAUUUUUUUUUUUUUUGCCUAAUUGGUUAAAAUAACUUUCUAGUUUUUAAUUGAAUUACUAUUAUGACUCAUGGAAAAAAAGAAACAUGUAAAACAAGGUAAAGCUAACAUUAUGCUGCAUUUUAUCCCUAAAUUAUGAUUGAUUUUUUAGUGAUAUUGCAAGCCAUGAAUUAAGCGGAUUAUAAUUUGGUAAUUUUGAAAAAAAAAAAUUAUAAUAAUUAUCUCAGAACAAAUACAGGGUGAUUCCUUUUCUAUAAAUUGUUGUUCUGACAAAAAUAAAAAAGAAAGUGCUUGGUUCUGGAUGAAAAUGUUGUGAUUUACUAAGAUAAAGACGUAUGUAUCCCCAUUAAAGGGUUGGGUAAUUUGAAUACAUGGGAUAACAUGCUGUCAGUUGAAUUUAUUAAUCAUCUGUUGUCUUAAUAUUGUAGACUGUUCAUUUGUCUUGGAGAAUGGGUUUAUUUACUGUAAAUGGUUUGAUUUUUGUGGCUUAAACUAAGUUGGUAAUGACACACCAGUUGUGCAAGGAAGGUGUAGGUGUUCAAUUUGGAGCUAUUUAUAAUUUCAUGUAAAUGUGAAAUUUAUUUUCUUUUUUUGUUUGUGCGGUCAACUGAACCCUCUGAAUAAACAAACCGAAUGUCCAGCUGUUU